AUGUUCAAUGGACAGGGACAAUGGGGUCCCGUGGGAUCUCAGGGUAGUCCUAAUUUGCAGCAGCAGCAGCAACAACGAUCACAACAGGCUCAGCAACAGGCUCAGCAGCUAGCUCAGCAGCAGGGAAUUAGUCAAGGACAGCAAAACCCACAACAUUCCGGGAAGGCCCCACAAGCUGGUGGAUCCACUAGAUCUUCCUUAACACCUCAGCAGAUCAUUCAGGGGCUCAUGCGACUCGAUCCACAGCAGAGAAACACUAUUAUUCAGAAGAAUCCUCAGAUGCAGUUGUUUUUACAGCAAUACGAACAGCAUAGAAAACUUGCACUGCAACAGGCUCAAAGAAACAAUGAAGGACGACAGAAUGCUGGAAAUCAGUCAUCUCAGCAGUAUAAUUCAUUCGCCAAUCCUAUUCAACGACGCGGACGCCCUUCUCAACAAGCUCAACUGGCUGAACAGGCCCAUAUACAGAUGAAUUCACGUCGAAUGAUGGCUCAGACUGCUCAAGAUAGUCAUGCUUCGAUGGUACAGAAUAUUGUUACGCAUGGUUCUUCUUUAGGUGCUGUUUCGCGUGGUGGCUCCGCAGGCGUCGACGCCGCAGUUGCUACACCAGAUGUCUCUUCGGUGCCAGGCACUGCAUCUUCUGUGGCUCCGGCGGCUUCAGGGAUGGGGUCUUCGGCGGCCCCUCAACUACCACCAGCGCUUCCUCUGAAAGAUGUUCAUCAUUGGUCACGUCUUCUCUCUCAGCAUAAUCGUAAUGUACCGUCCUCACUUAAAAUCUAUGAAGAAAUACUAGAAAGAGACUCUCAAUUUGAAAACAGGCUUAGACAGGAGCAGAAAAAGCCGUUUGAUGCAGAUAUGGCUCAAAGAAUGGUUCGAGAUUUGAAGUUCUAUCAGCAAAUUAGAGAUUCACGGCUUAAGGCCAUUAAUCUACGUCCAGAACUGAAUAAGGUUACCAAUAGACUCUGGGGAGAAGGCUAUGCGGGCUAUGGUAAUGGUUUUACCAACAGUCGGACGGAAAUUAUAUUACCAGACCAUCGUAAGAAGGGAAGUGUAGCUAAAGACAUUUACAUUUCCCCAGAAAAGAUCACCGAGCAGGCUAUAACGACGGAAGAGUUGGUACCCAUUCGACUUGAGUUCGACCAGGAUAGGGACGGAUUUCAGCUGAGUGACACAUUCCUAUGGAAUCUAAAUGAGAAAUGUAUCUCUCUUGAAAGUUUUGCGACAACUCUUAUGGCGGACUAUCAGUUUCCAGUAGAAAGAGCAUCACAAUUCAAGGAGAAAAUCGUCAGUAGUAUCAAGGAACAGCUUGAUGAGUAUCAUCCUAUGAUCUAUAAAGAACAGGAGAGCUCCAAGUUUUCGGAUCUGAGAUUCCCUAUAUCUCUCGAUAUCACUAUAGCGAACAAUCAACUUGUAGAUAGAUUUGACUGGGAUAUCAUGAAUCCAGAUAACGAUCCGGAGGAGUUUGCAGAGGUUUUGUGUGCAGAAAUGUCAUUGCCAGGAGAAUUUGUCACGGCAGUAGCACAUUCUAUAAGAGAACAAUGCCAAACGUAUAUCCGAUCAUUGUUUUUAAUUGGAUAUCGGUUUGAUGGUUCCGCCGUGACAGGAGAUGAGCUGAAGGAAUUUGUAAAGCCAAGUUUGGAUGCCCAUAACAUAGUGAGGCCAAGAUAUUUGCUUUCAGAUUACACUACGUCUCUACAGGAGCUUUCGUAUGACAACGUGGAGAAGCUAAAGAAGGAACGGGAGAGAGAAUCGCGUAGAAAGAAAAGAGGACAGAUGAGAAUUGGAAGAAGGGGAGGACUGGUUCUUCCAGAUCUUCACGACCUUCCUAAGACCUUCCGUACACCUGUACCUAACAGUGUUUUGCCGGGAGGUGUGGAUUUGGGUCAUCCCACCGAUUCGUAUCUCGAAUAUCCUAUAUCGAUUGAGAUUCCACAGCGACAGUUGAAAGCUUUGGAUGAAUAUAAGAAGGAGCAGGCCAGAUUGAAAGAACAGGAAAGACUGGAACAGUUAGAACUACACAAGAGACGCGAAAUGGAAAGAGUUCAAGGACAGCAGUUGAUACAGAGGGCUCGGGUUAAAAUGAGACUUCCUGAAGGAUUACAGAGCAAAGUUACUUACCGCAACGAGUAUGAAAAGGCAUUUGUGGUUAAGAUUCGGUUUGUGUAG